CUGGCUUUUUAUUUAUCUAAUUUUUUUUUUUGCAGGGAUUUAAAUCAAUCACUCGAAAAACUAAAACUAAGUUUCAAGAAAAAGUUCACAUAUUAUGGACAACAAGUGGACAAGACGGAUGAUGAAUUAACAAGCAAUGAAAAUACUUACGUCGAGGACAGCUUUUGCGUGAAAGAUAGUUUCUCAGAAGAAGUUAACCAGAUUCUGAUUAUAGUCACUUCAUCGAGUGCAUGGAGCGAAGAGAAAUCGCUAUCAGAAAAUCCUGAAAACAUAUCAAUUCCCAAAGGAUCUGAAAAAGCAUCAGCUAAAACCGCUGAUUAUUCAACGUAUUUCAAAAGCGAUUUCCUGGAUGAAGGCGAUGCUGAUGCAAAAAUUUCAGCACUACUGGAACUGUAUCCUGAGCUCAAAGAAAAUGCGGAUCCAGCGCGCAAGAAGCAAAAUGGCCCUGAAAAAGCCCCGAAAUCUUCUAGUAGCGAUGAAGAUGAUUGUGAUGAAAAGUUCGAAAAAUGUACGUUUUCGGCAGUUUUUAUCAUCAGUUUUGAUGAAUUUAUAGCAACUAAAGAUUCAUGA